ACGAAUCUAACGAGAUAUAUUAAUCCAUGUUUAACGGAUGUUUACUGUAGCAUCAAUGUAGCAAAUCAUGUGGACCCGUUCUAAAAAAAACUGUGGACCCAGCGAAAAAGAAGAAAAACAGUACUCCUUCGUCCUUCCCAUUCUUCAUUUUUUUUCUCCGUUUGUUCAGUGCCCGUCUGAAGCAAGUGGGCGGCGACACCGGCUUGACGGCACGGAGUGGAGCGGAGCUGCGCGCGGCGCGGCCAUGGAGCUCCUGCGUGACAGCAUCCCCAUGGUGUCCCUGGCCUCCUCGGCUGCCGCGCUGUACGCGCGCGUGGCGUCCGCCUUCCUGCGCCCGGGCCUCCCACGCCUCGCCGCGCUGCUCCCCGUGGUCGCGCUCCUCGCCGCGGCGCCCUUGGCCUUCACCUCCUCGGCCAUGCUCCGCGGCACCUCCGCCUUCUUCCUCGCGUGGCUCGGCGCCUUCAAGGUCGUCCUCCUCGCCUCCGGCCUGGGCCCGCUCGCAGUCGACGGCCUCCCGGUGCUCUCGUUCCUCUUCACAGCCUUGCUCCCCGUGAAGCUCCGCCGAGGCGGCGGCUGUCCCGGCGCGGCCGCCAAAUCGGUGUCCCUCGUUUCUUGCGCGGCCAAGGUCGCCGCCAUAGCCACCAUCCUCCAUCUGUACGAGUCCAAGAUCCAGCUGCUGCAUCGCUACAUACGUCUCGCCAUGUACGGGAUCCACAUCUAUUGCUUCUUGGACCUCCUCCUCCCCUGCAUCGCGGCCGCCGGAUCCGCACUGGGGAUGGAGCUGGAGCCGCCGUUCGACCGGCCGUACCUGGCGUCGUCGCUGCGGGACUUCUGGGGCCGGCGGUGGAAUCUCAUGGUGUCCGCCAUCCUCCGGCCGUCGGUGUACGACCCCGUGCGCGCUCGCGCCGGGAAGGCGGCGGGCGUCGUGGCCACGUUCCUCAUCUCCGGGCUGAUGCACGAGGCCAUGGUGUACUACAUGACGCUGCGGCUGCCCACCGGCGAGAUGACCGCCUUCUUCCUGCUCCACGGCGUGUGCUGCGUGGCGGAGGAGUGGUGCGCGAGGCGGUGGGUGGCGAGGAGAUGGCCGCCCCCGCCGCGUCCGCUGGGGUCGCUGCUCGUGAUGGCGGUGGCUGCGGGCUCGUCGUUCUGGCUCUUCUUCCCGCCGAUUUGCAGGGAGGGGAGCGAGGAGAUGCUGCUGGAGGAGUGGGCGGCGGUGGCGGCGUUCUUCCAGGACGCCGGCCGGAAGCUGCGCCGAGCGCCGGUACGGUUCACGGAUUAAUUAAGGUCGAGUUAAAAAAUCAAAAGCUGAAUUAAAAUUCAGAUUUCCAAUAUAGAAGGAAAGCUUUUUUUUUUUUGAGAUGGAUAAAACUGUACUAGUAGCAAGACGCCAACCCAAUGUGUUUAUUACCUUUUGAAAUUAUAGCUGUUCAAAUUAAAA